UCAAGUCGUUAGAUUUAAUUACCAAUUAACUGAGCACAAAAGUGACGUGUAAAUUGCCAUGUCCUACCGCAACUUAAGCGACCAACUUUUCACCCGCUGGGCAGGACACAAACAUUCCAUCAGCCAGUCAUUGACAUAUAUCAUGGAAUCCAAUCGGGUCCAGUUCUCUUCCCGUAUAAAAGAGCCUCCGGCUGGAGCGAUUGCGAACAGUUGGGCGUUGGGAGUGGGUCAGCAUGCAUGUCCAGGAACUGCUCUUCGUGGCCGCGAUCCUAAUGCCCCAAUGCCUGAGGGCAUUGCGCUACAGCCAGGGAACUGGCGACGAGAACUGCGAGACUCUUAAGUCGGAGAUCCACUUGAUCAAGGAGGAGUUCGACGAGCUGGGCAGGAUGCAGAGGACCUGCAACGCCGACGUCAUCGUCAACAAAUGCGAGGGAUUGUGCAACAGCCAGGUGCAGCCAUCGGUGAUAACGCCCACGGGGUUUCUGAAAGAGUGCUACUGCUGCCGCGAAAGCUUCCUCAAGGAAAAGGUCAUCACCCUAACCCACUGCUAUGACCCGGACGGAACCCGCUUGACCUCUCCGGAAAUGGGCAGCAUGGACAUUCGUCUCCGGGAGCCAACUGAGUGCAAGUGCUUCAAGUGUGGCGAUUUCACACGUUAAUGCCACACAUUUCACAAUAUACUCAUGUGCUGUCUGCAUCCAUUCGUUUUAACUGGAGAGUGUAAUUCUUUUAUUAUAUUUUCUAAUUGAGCCCCACACUACUUAAGAUCUUGUUAUACGAACACAUCCUUUUUAAUAGGAACACACACACUCCAAAAUCCUAACUUCAUUCAAAUAAAUAUUUCAUCAAUGUCUAUUCAAAAAUGAG